GUUCGAAUCUCCGCGGAGGCUGCUUGCCAGCGCUGCCUAGUCGAUGUUGAUGGUUGUCUAUCAUUGCCAAUAGCAGUACUUGCAAACGAAUAUCAAUCAUUAUCUUGUUUAUCCUCUAUCUAACGGUACAACCGCGUGAUCGUUGAUUCCUGAAGAAUGCUUCUGGGCGACCAACAGAAAACGCUCCCGAGAUGCAGACCUUCUAGUUUAGGGACCUUAAAGAGAUAGUGUUACGAUUAGGAAUUCUCUCUUCCCGACGAACUUUAACAGAUGAGGAAGAGCAGACUUAUAUUCUCUAAGAGUGAGAAGUUGACCUUGAAUCCUUCAAGAUGAUGUUCACCGGAGGCUCCCACGCCAAGAGAUGGAAUACCGGUGGCAGCGCGUCCUCGAACCGGAAGUCCUCAGCGGAUCGGAAGUCAUCGGCAGACCGUAAGAGUCCGCAGACCCGCGCGCCUGCGGAAGGCUACAUUUACAGGACUCGAGUUCCAAUUUUAAACCCGGCUGAUUUGCCUCCGUCGACGUCCACCGGCAAGACAUACGUGUACAAGACCAGGGUCCCUAGAAGGGACGUUGCUGCGGCGGUUGCAGUUGAACAGGGGAUCCAUGAGAAGGUUGGCGGUGCUAUCACCAGGAGAAGAGGAGCGGUGAAGCAGAAUAAGGUGCAUGUUGUUAGGGGCCAUAAAUUGGUUGCCAAGUUCUUCAGGCAGCCGACCUUCUGCGCCUUCUGCAAAGACUUUCUCUGGGGAUUCGGCAAGCAGGGGUACCAGUGCCAAGCCUGCCAGACGGCGGUGCACAAGAAGUGCCACGACAAACUGUUGACCAAGUGUCCAGAGAGCGGGAGGGAAUCGGAAAACACGAUAUACUUGAGGGAGCGUUUCAAGGUAGAUGUGCCUCACAGGUUUCGCACCCACACUUUCAUGUCGCCAACAUUUUGCGACCACUGCGGAUCCUUGUUGUACGGCCUGUUCCGGCAAGGGCUCAGGUGCGAUGGUAAGAAUCGUCUGCGUCGCGACAGACCUACCAUCAAGAUCCGAUCGCAAGCCCUGAAGGACAACCCGGCGUUAAGGGAGCACAACGAACGACACGAGAAGACGGUAGGCGAGCUGCUGGUGGAGAAGUUUCUGAUCAAGGACAAGAAGCUGGACGAGGCGGAGAGGCGGCUGCAGCUGUUCCAUCAGGUCAGCCUGGAUACGGAAGAGGAUGGAAGCGAAGAGCAGGCCGGCCUUCAGCAGCAGGCGGGCAAGAUCACCAGGCGUUUUACCCGGAGACGCUCCUCCGCGGAUAUUCAAUUGGACCCGGAACAACUGGAGAAGGAGAUCGCUUACGCGCAGGUGCAGGCGAAGGUACUGGACACUCUGGUGGCCGAGGAGCAGGCGGAGAUAGAGAACGAGGUUCGCAGAGGGACCUUGAUCAAGAAGGGCACCGUCGCGGGUCACAAGCCUGGUCCAGGGUUCUUCAGGGCCUUGGACAGAGACGCUGCGUCGGCUUCGGCUUCGCAAGGCGAGGAGGACUCGACGGCGCAGAAGAUGAGGAAGAGCCUGAAGAAGGUCAAGAAAAAGAAGAGGGCCGCGGAGAAACCACCGGACGAUGAAAACGAGAGGGAACGCGGGUCUAGUACCUCCAGCGAGGCGUCCGUGGAUCUUCAGGGCAGCGAGAACGCGGAGAAGAAGCUCUCGAGGCCGCAAGCCUUCAAGAUAGAAGCCAGCAACAGCGUCGGCGACUUCUCCACUGUCUGGGUCAAGGCUGACCCUGAAGCCAGCGUUAGUCACGAACAGUUCCGCGAAAGCGUCAAGAUCCCAGUACCUAGAAGAAAACUGGGCCUGCGCAAGACAGACCCGGACAGCGUGGAAGAAGUCGAAGAGUCCGAGGUAGAGGUGGUGCUGCUACCAGUUAAGAAGUCCUACGUCAAGGACACAUCGAGGAACAGCGUACACUGCACGGUGAAGACGCCGCCGGAAAUCUCGAAGAGUGACCCGAUGAAGAACCUGAAAACCGUCGCGAACGGCAUCGGUGCGUCGGAGAGAAAGGGGAAACCUGAUGAGGUAGAUACCUCGAACCAGGAUCCAGUUUUUAAAGAUAUUCCGGAAGAAGCAGCGCCGGGAAACGAUCGGGAGGCGGUUGCGAACGGAGUUACCUUGGAAAAGAAGGAAAAACCAGAGAACGUGGAAGAGAAACUGCCGGUUUCCCAGAUCGUCGGCGUAGAGACGAGUCCCAAGGAGGCACUGAAAGAGAGUAAGACCUUGAAGAUUGACUCGCCGAAGGACCAGAAGACAUUUUCAAAUGGAGUUACCUGGAGGAAGACGGAAAAGCCGGGAAAUCUUGAAGAGAAACUGCCGAGUCCAGCUUUCAAGAGCGUUGCCGAAGAGGAGGGAGGGUCUGAAUCGCCGAAGGAAACGUUCGGCAACGAUGUUCUCUGGAGGAAGAAGGAAAAAUCGAAAAAUUUGGAGGAGAAACUUUCGAGUCCAGUUUCCAAGAACGUUGCCGAAGAAGAGAGAAGUCCUGCGGUGCCGUUGGAGGAGAACAAAGCCUCGAAGCCUGACUCGCCGAAAAAGAUGUUCGCCGACGGAGUUCCCUGGAGGAAGAAGGAGAAGUUGGAGGAGAAGCUGCCAGUUUCCAAGAGCGAUGCCGAAGAGGAGAAAAGUGUCGGGGAAGCGCUGAAACAGAGCAAGACCUUGAAGGUUGACUCGCCGAAGAAGGCGUUCGCCAACGGAGUUACCUGGAGAAAGAAGGAGGAGACGGAGAAGCCCAACGUUGCCGCGGAGAGUGUCCCGUUAUCGAAGAAGGAGGAGGCGAAGCCGAAGCCGACGAAUACCGAUGCGGACGACAGCGUUCCAGGCUUUCCGAGGAAAGAGGACAAAAAGGACAAAGUGGACAAAGAGGACAAACAGGACAAAGAGAAGAAAGAGGUCUCGGAGGUUGAGCAGAGGGAAGAAAAGAGGCCAGAGCCGCCGAGACCCAGAAAACAGUUGUCCGCGGCCCGCGACCAGUCCGGACCGAAGACUCGGGUCGCGUCGAGCGUGACGCUAGCUGUUGACCCGCUCGCCAGUGAAAACAGCGCCAGCGUAGCGCUCCCAUCGACCGCGGUCGGGCUGCCAAAACCGUCUAAAAUUACUACGGAUGAAAAUAAUGCCGUAGAAGCGCCAAAGCCAGCGUUACGAGGAGCGGAGCAGCGGCUGGCAAAGGCAACGAAAACCAAGCGUGACGAGAACGUCGUUGACGGGGAUCCGUUGCCGGGAAAUAAGGCUGGCAAACCGGUGACCUUGAGCGACGCCCACCCGUGCACCGGCCAUCCAGGAGAACCCAAAGUUCCGGAGGAUCCGAGAAAACCGGAGAAUCGAUCGGCAACUCGUGCAACCGAUGACGCAAUCUUGCCAAUCGAUACCGUAACGAAGACGACCUUGGUCGAGGCGACCGACAAGAAGACAGAGGAGAAGAAGACAGAGGAAAAGAAGACUUCGGCCGUGAGACAGCUCGAAGAUGCUGCGAGUAACAAGGUGAACGACAACAAGGAAGCUAAGCCGCCGUUCAAGGUUGCCAAGAGACCGGAGCCGAAGGCGUCCAAGGACGUUGCGCCCAAGGUCGAGCCAGCUGCCUGGAGGAAAAAGGCGAAAAGCAACGAGGUGACCGGAGAUUCGAAGAAAGUGUCGGAAGAGACUCCGUCGAACAAGAUGCCGGUGGACAAGGUGAAGGUGUACGAGUGUCUGAACGGGGAGACCGGUGGGGCGUUAUCGAAGAGCACGUCGACGGAGUCGAUAGACUUCUGGAGCGAGAUCAAGGGUCCGGACAGCCCCAGAAUAGGCAAGCUGGCCAAAGGAUUGAAUUUCCUCGGCUCGGAGCAGGUCGAGGACCUCGCAGAAGAAGAAGAACAACUGGACAAGAAAAAAGAGAGCGAUACUAAAAUAAGCGUCGCCGGUGUUGGUACACCGCCGCUCAGUAACGUUCCUGUGAUCGACCAGGAACCCGACGAGGUAGAGCCGUCGUCGUGCCCGGGUCCGAAGGAGGCGAAGAAGAGGAAGAACCUGUCGAUACAGAUCGACCGGUCGGCGGACGCCUAUUCGACGGUCAAGAGGACGCCUCUGAAGAGAGAGGACUCGACCGCCUCGACGAUCUCGGCUAGAUCGAUCGCCAGCACUCCGGACACCGCUAUACCAGGAUCUCAAGUGUCCACCCCUGUGUUCGAGGUCACGGUGCCGAUGAUAAAUAUCGUGGAAGUGGUCACGCCGACGAACGCUGAUCAGCAGCUAAAUCUCGAAGAAGACGAUGGGGCUAGAACGCCGACGAACGAGUGGUCCGGCUCUGGUCCGCCGAAGAUCUCCAAAUGGGACAACCACAGGGACCUCUCCAACGUUGAUCAAGCGGACCAGGAUGUGACCCCGGUGGCCUCUAAGGUCGGCAGCGUGGCAGCCACUCCGGACGACACUCCGCAAGGUACUCCGGAAUCGUCUAAAAAGAAGAAACUGGUCAGAAAGAAAAAAGCCUCGACGACCAAGAAGAGCUCCGCCAAGGACUCCAAGAAAGAGUCGAAGAAAGAGUCGAAGAAAGAGGCGAAGGAGUCGAAGAAAAGCUCCGCGAAAGCCCAGGAGAGCCUGAAGCCGACCGCAGAGUCCAAGUCCUCCUCGAAGCCGAAUACAAAGCUGGCGAACCCCAGCCCCAAGCCUCUCGAUCUCAUCAGGAUGUUCUACACCACGCCAUCGGCUCUGCUGACCGCCACGCCUAGGGAUCUAUCCAAGGUCCGCCGAGCGAAGAUCAAGAGACGGAAGCAUCAUUCGAGGACUCCUUCGGUGAGCAGCGACAGCACGGGAAGCACCACCAGCACUGCCACCACAGGCAGCACCGAUGGCAGCAGAUCUACCUGCACGGAGCUCGACGACGACCCUGACAAGAGGAUGAACUCCACGAGGAGCAACGACUCCGGGUUCGACGGAUCGCCGAGGAUAUCUACACCCUCGCAAUCGUCGGACACACAGAGGAACUCUGACUCCUCGGACCACUUCCCCAGCGGGCGCAUCACGCCGCCAGCGACCAAUCUGCCAAGAUUCAAGAAGUACGCCGUCACAGACUUCAAUUUCCGCAAAGUCCUGGGAAAGGGCAGCUUCGGCAAAGUGCUGCUAGCAGAAUUGAAGGGUACAGAGUGCGUCUACGCGGUGAAAUGUCUGAAGAAGGACGUGGUGCUCGAAGACGACGACGUGGAGUGCACCCUGAUCGAGAGGAAGGUUUUGACUCUGGCGACCAGGCACCCGUACCUCUGCCAUCUGUUCUGCACCUUCCAGACGGAGUCGCACUUGUUCUUCGUUAUGGAGUACCUAAACGGCGGCGACUUGAUGUUCCAUAUCCAGAAAUCGGGUCGAUUCUCCGAGGUCAGGGCCCGGUUCUACGCUGCGGAGAUCUGGUCCGGCUUGAACUUCCUCCACAAGAAGGGAAUCGUUUACCGAGACCUGAAGCUGGAUAACGUUCUCCUCGACUUCGAAGGUCACAUCCGGAUCGCAGACUUCGGCAUGUGCAAGUUGCAAAUCUUCCUGGAUAGGACGGCAGACACCUUCUGCGGAACGCCGGACUACAUGGCUCCAGAGAUCAUAAAGGGACUGAAAUACAAUCAGGCGGUAGACUGGUGGUCGUACGGCGUGCUGCUCUACGAGAUGCUGACGGGACAGUCACCGUUCUCCGGCUGCGACGAGGACGAGCUAUUUUGGAGUAUAUGCAACGAGCGGCCGUUCAUACCCCGCUACCUCAGCCAAGACUCCACGGACAUGCUGCUCUGUCUUCUGGAGAAGGACGCCGGCAAAAGACUACCUGGCCACGACAUCGCCUAUCAUGCCUUUUUCCAGUCGUUGCCGUGGGACCGUUUGGAAAGGAGGCAGCUGGAGCCACCGUUCAAGCCAGCCCUAGAACACACGCUGGACACAAAGUACUUCGAUACAGCGUUCACGGCAGAAAGGCCACGGCUGACUCCUGUACCUGAACAAAUUCUCACCUCGAUGGACCAGGGUGUGUUCCGUGGAUUCUCCUACACGAACCCGAACGCGACAGACUGAAGGCGUGUGCUUUUGGGGGAUUCAAACGAGAAAACUGUACAGUUCUUCCACGCGUCGACGGGGUCCGACGUUGUGGUGUUCAUAAGCAACCGGUGAUCUCCUUCGUUCGCCAUCUGGAAUUAGGAGAGUUCGAUCCUCUUUCCAGGAAGGAUUACAGAGGGUUAGAGAACGAGGGGCGAGUCGACUUCCUUCGCCAGUGUGGUUCACGUUAGAUAAUUGUGACGAUUAAACACCGAAGCGACGUUCCUAGAGCUUGUACUUGUCGAGGAGUCAGGCAACAGAGAUCUAUUGCUAGGUUUUGUAUAACGUAGAGACGAUAGAGAGCGGUUAGACUAUGCAAAGGGGAGUCCAGAGGUGUUCGAGAGCUUCGGGGCUCCAAAGCAGUACCUUCUUUUCUACGCGAAUCUCUGUUUAAGAACGCUUCGACUCCCCCUAGUGUUCCGUCUUUUUUAAACCCUUGCCCGGCUAACUUGCCCGGCCGACAAUCGUCUGUUUUAAAUAAAACAUAUGGACAAUCUUG